AUGAAGUUUAUCCUCUUCUGGGUGAUCUUGAAUCUGCCUUGUGCUUUGGCCUAUGACCCAAAUUACAUACAUGACAUCACUCCCCCAUAUUUGGUCUAUUUGAAAUCUGAUUACUUGCCCUGCACUGGAGUCCUGAUCCACCCCCUAUGGGUGAUUACAGCUUCAACCUGCAACUUACUGAAUCUUAAGGUGGUAUUGGGGGUUACAAAACCAUCAAACCCCACUGAAGAAGAUGUACAAGUGGUUGGCUACUCGAAGAUGAUUAAUCACCCGUACUUCUCAAUCACUUCUAUUGAGAAUAACCUGAUGUUGAUCAAGUUGGAAAGAUACAUUGAAGUCAAUGACUAUGUGAAACUGGUCAGCCUGCCCCAAGAACCUCCCAGCGAAAACACCAUGUGCAUGGUCUCCACCUGGGCUUACAACAUCUGUGACAUCUCCAAGGACCCUGACUCACUGCAGAAUGUGAACAUCUCUGUUAUCUCCAAGACUGAUUGCCACAAUGCCUAUAAAAGUUAUGACAUCACACAAAGUAUGUUGUGUUUGGGCAUUGUGCCAGGAAGAAGGCGGUCCUGCAAGGAAGUCUCAGCCGCCCCAGCAGUCUGCAAUGGGAUACUUCAAGGAAUCCUUGCUUUUACUGAUGGAUGUGUUUUGAGAGCUGAUGUUGGCAUCUAUACCAGAAUCUUUAACUAUGUACCCUGGAUUGAAAAUACAAUCCAAAACAACUAA